AUGAGUAACCAAAGGUUACUGAAUCUGGCCAAGAACCAAAGGAAGCAACAAAGGAAACAUGUGGGGGCUAAAAGUCCCAUUUGCCUCCCUGAGCAGGAAAUAACCCAUGAGGAAUUAAACCUUAGAAAUGCCUCUCAGGAGUCUCCAGACAAUAUGUGUGACCACUGCAAAGGUUUUCUGUCAUCUCCAGAGAAGCUCAUUGCUGGGAUCCUGGGACUCAUCUGCUUAAAAGUCACUAUGAAAACUUGUAAACUUAUUUUCAAUUUUAAAAAUUCACAAUGUUUCUUGAUAGAAAUCCACAAUCUUUCCUCAGCAUAUCAUUGUGGCCGUUGUCCAAAUGAGUGGCUAAUAUUUUCCAACAAUUGUUAUUACUUUGGUGUGGAAAAGAAAACUUGGAAGGAGAGUGUGGUGUCCUGCAUGUCUAAGAAGUCUAGCCUGCUUUAUAUAGAUGAUGUGAAAGAAAUGAAAUUUAUAAAUUCUCUCUCACGUCCAUCUUGGAUCGGCGUCUCCCGUUCCAGCAGAGAUCAUCCUUGGCUGUUGGUAAAUGGUUCAAUGUCCAAUCUGCAGAUAAAGAACUCGUCUGGUGAAUCCAACUGUGUGUGGUUAUCUUUAUCUCAUUUUAUUGCUGGAAACUGUGGAUCAUUAUACAUGUAUACUUGUAAACGUAAAUUUUUGAAUUAAUAUACCUGAAUUUGGAAACUGUGAGGUAAUUUUCUAUUUCAUAAAAUGUAAUAAUAUUAUUCUUAUACAGGUCUUCAAUUGAUGAGUUCUACUAACAGACUUAUUUUUAAAAAAAACACUAUUGAAAUAUAUUAGUUAGACUACUAAUAGGAGGAUACUGCUUUUGUGGCUACUUCCUUUUGCUUAAGAUUAUAUUUAGGGCAUUCAAUUUUUCUAAAAGAUUGUACAUGCUACCUGAGUCCAUUUCUGUGAGAUAUCAAGAAGAGGCAAAUGCACAGACAAUGUGGAUUGGGGGUUUUGAGAGACUAAUGAGUAGGAGAGUGAUAAACUCAGACAUGACUACUAGUCAGGACAGCGUUUCCUUUCUCAAUAGUGUAAACGUUAGAAAACUUGAUUGUUGUAACUCUGUGAAUGUACUAACAACCACUGGUAUAUGGCCGUGUUAAAGGAUGAAUUAUAUGCUGUGUACAUUAAUUUCAAUAAAACUGUUUUAAAAUGGGAUUAUGUUUGAGGCUACAUUUAAUCUUCAUGUAAUUUUUAAAGUGUAGUCAUCAUUAUAACCAUCAACAUUAAAGACACUUGUGGAAAAUUUUAGCAAAGCAAAAGUUGUUUUGUCUUUAAUAUGGUUUAUCUUAACAAUUUUUUUAUCUUGAAGAUUAAGAAUCUUGCAAAAUAAUACAUUAUUUUAUAAAUAAUGAAAGCUUUUAUAAUGAUUAUGUAAAUAACAUAUUUGUUUUGGAUACAAAUUUCUAAAUUCUCUCUCACGUCCAUCUUGGAUCGGCGUCUCCUGUUCCAGCAGAGAUCAUCCAUGGCUGUUGGUCCGUGGUUCAGUGUUCACUCUGCAGUAGGUUUUCUUUUUUAACAAUUGAUACAUGAAGAAGAAGACAUAUGAAAACGCAGUAUUCAGAAGAAUGUUAGUGUUAAUUUAUUUGAAUUACACACCUGAAAAAAGAUCUUGCAAGUUUGUAUUAAUAUAAAUAUUAAUUAAUAGGCUGUUCUUAAAAUGCCAUAAUUAUUUAAUAAUAUUCUGUGUUGCAAUAAAAUACUUCUGUUUCAGAGAUAAUUCCCCCAAAAUGUAACUUGAUAAUGCAUUUUUCACCACUGCAGGAUAAAGGAAUCAUAGUCUGGUGAGCACAGCUGUGUUAGACCCUUCUUAACUGGCCUUAUUGCAGGCAAUUGUGGAUCAUCAUGCACAUUUAAUUGUAAACAUAAAUUUUAGAAUUGAUAUACCUGAAUUUGGAGAGUUUUUCAAUAAUUUUCUAUUUCAUGAAAUGGAAAUAAUAUUAUAAUGAUAUAGGCCUUAAAUUAAAUCAUAUGGUUUCUUGUAAUAACAGAAUUA